ACUAAACACAUUUAUAGUUUUCAAUUACAAGGCCUAGCAGCAGUAUGUCAGCUAGCCUUUUAUCUGCUUAGAUUCCCUCUUAUCAUUGGCAUCUAGUUUUGAUUAUGGGUUACAUGUGUCUACGUUGCAGGUGACCCCUAGGGCUGCAGACCCUGUUUCAAUGCUGGAUUUUUACAUGAAGAAGGCUGCCCAAGAAGAGAAGACGAGACGUCCAAGGCAGUCAAAAGACGAGAUGCCCCCGCCAGCUUCUCUUCAAGGCCCAUCUGCAACUCCCUCCACAGACCCUGAAAAGAGAGGUCAUCAUAUGGGUGAUUAUAUUCCACUAGAGGAGCUAAAUAAGUUCCUUGCAAAGUGUGACGAUGUAGCUGCACAAAAAGCCACAAAGGAGGCAGCUGAGAAGGCUAAGAUGCUAGCAGAUAAUGUUGGACACAAACUCUUGUCAAAAAUGGGUUGGAAAGAAGGUGCUUACUUGGUUUGCUCUAUCUGUGAACUUGUGACCUAUUUUCUUCCUGUAACAUGUGCCUUUCAGGAAGGCAUAUUACUAAGAAUCAAUCAACGUGCUGCACACAGUCACAAGCUAUCGCCCACCCCCACACAGCCCCAGCUGAUCUUUGCUUUUCUAUUAAAAAUAAUGUUCCAAGUGUUGGUAUGGAUUGGAUUUGUUUUCUUCCCCUAAGAAGAUUCAGUUUGCAAACAAGCUCUAUCUGUUU